AAAACUGUUAAACCGACACUUAUUUAAGUGUUUUACUUUGAAGCAUAUGACAACAGCAUGACACUCCGUCGGAAGUAUUUUCAAGGGCUGUGUAUACAAAUCUGGAUUGAAAACAAGAUAAGAAGACGGAGUCGAGAUGAAAAAUACACCUUGUCCGCCAAAUAAAAGACUGCUUUGAUUGGUCCAUCAACCAUAUCAUCACGGACUAAAUUCCACAAUCGUUCUGUGAUAAACACACACACUCGCCUGACUCAGUAUUUAAUAAAAACGCACUGAUACACCCAUGUCCUGCAAUCUGUGGCCAGCACCAAUGAAAUGUUUUUCAGUUUCAGUUUUGGCAGACAUUUUUUCUGUUUGAAUUAUCCAACUCAGUUUGGAUUAUCGACGUACAGGGGGCGGAAAAUAUCGAUAAGGGUUUAUUGGCUGAGCAGACGAUAGGCUGAGUAACGCGAUAGGCACGAUGAAAAUCAUGGGGGUAGAUAUUCAAACGUAUCGCUGUAGAAUUGGAACAUUCAGCUAUACGAGUCGCAAAAAACCCAGCUCUGAAAGCAAUGGAUGUAGAAUAACACAGUGUGAUGAACGUGGUCGAAAAUGUGGUUCCUUACAAACCAUCGCCCUCGUAGUUUGUCUUUCGCUAUACGUCUUUAAUUUCUCUUGCAAUCUGAGGAAUACAGCGUUUGAUAAAAUUUCAAUAAGUGGAACAGCUGAGCGAGUGAUGUUUUUCUUUAAACAACAACUGCCUUCAUUACGCACAAUUUGGAUUGUCACUGAUACAAUGCUUGAAGAAGUCAUUGAUUCUUCCAUGUCAAAUCUGAAAACUAUCGCAAGCAUCGUAUUCAACAGUGACCUCUGGUCCUUUGUUUCUGAACAUGACAAAUCACUGGCGCCGUUAAAAACUUUUUGUAUGCGCAAUAAAUUGUAUUGUGCUACCAGAGCGUUACAAGAGAAACUGGCACUAUCGGACAGACGUUUGAAAUUACUUCACACUGACAUCGAAGAGAACGUUCGAUUAUUCGAAGAGUUACUCCGUGUAAGAGAUGUAGCCAGCAUUCGCUUUUUGACAGAAAGUCUGGACCGAAGUUAUGAGAAACUGUUCGUCAGGAUGAGCAGGAAAAAGUCAGAUCCAAAAUUAGUGCGUAUGCUUCCUUAUUUGUCAAAGAUGCAAUCAAAUAUACAAAAACCAUUCCAACUAUGUUCAAUAUGUCCGACAGCAAAUGACGACUUGGCCGCCUUCUUUGUACACACUUUGUAUCAUACAUUUGAUCCGUGUGCUCAGCCUACGGAUUUUAGUUUUGCAGAAUAUAUCAACGAAGAACUAAGAUAUGUUACAACAAGUUGCUGUAAAGAUACUGGGCCUACCAAUUUAUUUCAUGAUCCACACCAAUCAUUCCGAAAUGCAAGUGAGCAUGACGCAAUUGACAUUGCAACGAUGGAAACGGUCACAAGUUUCAAUAGAGAUGAAGGUGAAAAUGAAUUGUGGUAUGUGUGGGAUGACGUGAUGCCCAUCAGAGUGAUAAAGGCUCAAUUAAUCAGUUCUGGCGUGGAGCCCAACCCUGGACCUGCAUAUUUGACCGAUUUUGACGAAACGAAGACAAUUGAAAGAUUGGUGGCAAAAAAGCAAACGCGAGACACAUAUUUUCAUUUUGGGAAGGUACAAGCAUGCACAGGUUCCAUCAAAGUCGGUAGCAUAUUUGGAACAAACGUUUUCAAAAUAGAGCUAAUUGACGACUUACGAAAAGGGCUUCUGAAUAAAAAUAAUAAAAAAGCAAAAGAAUUUGCCAUCAGUCGAAUUUUAGAUGAACUAUGUAAUUUUGGCGAGUUUGUGGAAUUGGAUAUACCGCCAUUGUUUUAUUUGCGAAAACAUAUCGCGUAUAUGGUUUUACCGUCUGCCUCUUGGUGGCGAGAUUUGGACGCCACGGUAUUUGGAAGAAUACCAGCGGGUGUACUCGCCUACAGAAAUGAAUUCAGAGAGACCUUCUUCUUUCGAGAUAAACAUACAAUGUCUUUGCUAGAUGAACAUAUAAGUAAUACACACCUAUCUUCUAUUAACUUCUGCGACAUCACGGUUGCAAACCCGUUUGGUGGGUUUCUCAUGAUUACAUGCAACAAUGCGCGUGUUUACCCGCACAGAGGGGAACGCCACGAUAAACCUCCAAAUCAACCGGAACUAAAAUACCCAACUCAAGUUUCUGAAGCACAAGAGCAACGUGACAGUUCAGCGUCAGACGAAGAAAACUCCCUUGAUGAAGAUCCUUCACUAAGCCAUCAAAACAACACUCAUCUUUCCGUCAAUCAAACCGGUACUUUUUGUGAAGACCAUUUUUCAGAAAAUCCGCAAAUCGAGCAGAUUGACAGACCACACGUUCAGAUAAACAUGACAUUUAACAAUCCAUGGGAUGAUGGAAUGCGCUUUAAUAGAAACACAACAGAACACGUUCAAGACAUUGCUCCUAGAUUUAAAAUGCAGCAAAGACGAUAUCCGACGGCUAAAUAUGUUUCGUAUGAAAAUGAAGGUAGCAGAAGGGAGACGUAUCGGGGAUGGCCUUUACAACAGCCAGAUCCUCAAACCCUUUGCAAUGCAGGUUUUUUUUUUACAGGUCAAAGUUACGACCUCGUUCGAUGCUUCUGCUGCGGCAUCGGUCUAAAAGACUUCUCUGACUCGGACAAUCCAUUGCUGGAGCACGCGAAACAUUCAUCGAACUGUCCGUAUUUGCUUGACCAAUUUGGAAGUCGAGAGGCGUUAGAAAUGUAUAAGCAGAACAACGCACGUCCUGACCCGGAAGACAUCAGACGAAGACAGCGUGAACUGUAUCAACAGCAACAAGGUCGGCCAGUUACAAACUACAGAGCAAAGCACGAACGGUUUCGGUCAUUAUCAUCACGUAUUGACACUUUCAUAAACUGGCCGCCACAUUUGUCACAGAGACCACAACAAUUGGCGGAGGCAGGACUGUAUUACACAGGCAUUGACGACCAUUGUCGCUGCUUCGCAUGUGAUGGUGGUUUGAGGAAAUGGGAAUCAGGAGACGAUCCCUGGAUAGAACACUGCAGAUGGUUUCCGGCCUGUCCAUAUGCAAGAGAAAUUAAGGGCGAUGAAUUUAUCGAUCUAAUCCAAGUAUCCGCAGAUCUUGUCGCAAGUGAAGCCACAUCGGCUCAGCAUGAAGAGUUGAAUGGCGUUAUGGCUGCAAUAACAAUCGAUGAUCGACUCGUUCAAAGGAUUGUUGACACACAUCGACACAUACUUACAUUUGACAUGGGAUUUCUGGUAGACGAUGUUAGAAAUGCGGUCUUGGAACUUGUUCAACAAGGCAGCAGCGAUCCAGACAUUGGGGAAAUUGUAACUCGUAUCGAGGUAAUACGUGAGAGAAAAUCGCUUGAAGAGAAACUCAUAAUGCAACCCACACCAUGUACGCAAUCAGAAGACACUUUGAUGGAGCAAAAUCAACGACUAAAGAGCAUACUUCUAUGUCAUGUUUGCCACAAAAACCAAAUAAACGCAUUAUUUCUACCCUGCACACAUCGCAAGUACUGCUUAGAGUGCACGGAGCACAUCGAUAGAUGUCCAGACUGUACCAGACCGAUUAAGGAAAGGAUUCGCACAUUUAUGGGAUGAUCAUUCAGCUGACAUUUAUCAACAUUGUGUUUGAACCAGAAUAAGUUAGAUCAUUCUGGCUAAAUAACUCUUUGAUAGAUAGUGAAAACUAUGUAUAAUUCAAAAAUCUAACACGCGCUAUCGAUCGUUCUGAACCAUAAGAAGCUGUAUACAUGACUUUAUAAGCUGUCGCUGUCUCUAAAGUAUAAUUUAAAUUUUAUUUAGCACACGUAAUGCAUACAUUUAUAUGGCAUAUAUAUCGGUUAUUCACGAUGUUUCUUUUAUAACUUGAACAUCCACUUUCACUACUAAAAUGAUUGUGUUGAUUUGAUCUAUAAUCAACAAUGCAGGUCCCCUUUAUUGAAAUCAAGCAAUAUGCAAAAUGAAAGUUCAA